AAAGAUGUAAACUCUCUCUCGCUAUAUUUGGGAAUUGGGACAAUAAUCCACCCCAUAUACAUACAUCCAUUGAUGUGUAUAUAACCAAGAAAGAAAGCAGCCCUUCAUAAAAAUUGCGUUCUUGUUUUAAAUUCAUCUGGGACAUUGUUAAUUUCAUCCCACCUAGAUCGGAUCCAUUUCUCUCCCACCCGUCUCAAUUUCCUCAUUAAAAAUCUCAUUUUUAUCCACUUUCUUGAACCCCCAAAUUGAAGAACACCCAUGAGCUAAAACCCAAUUGAAUUCUUGCCAAGAUUGGAUUUUGAUCAGGUGGGUCUGUUUGAAUGGGGAAUUUAACCUCAAAUGUUGCCGCAAAAUUUGCUUUUUUCCCUCCUGAGCCUCCUACUUAUAGUGUCCGUACGGAUGAAGAAACAGGGAAGCUGACGUUUACUGGGCUCACACCUGAUAAGAAUGCUGAUGUGCAUUUGCUGGAGACAAAGGGGGGGAAUACGGUGGUGGCUACCUUUUGGAAACACCCGGUUGGGAGAUUUACCCUUUUGUAUUCUCAUGGGAAUGCUGCUGAUUUGGGCCAAAUGCAGGAGCUUUUUAUUGAACUUAGAGCUCAUCUUCGGGUCAAUAUUAUGAGCUAUGAUUAUUCAGGGUAUGGAGGGUCCACUGGUAAGCCCUCUGAGUUCAACACAUACUAUGACAUAGAAGCUGUGUACAACUGUUUGAAGGACGAAUACGGAAUUAAGCAAGAGGAUGUGAUUUUGUAUGGCCAAUCUGUUGGAAGUGGACCCACAUUACACUUGGCUUCUCGUCUGCCAAGGUUAAGAGCCGUUGUUCUGCAUAGCGCCAUUCUUUCGGGAAUACGUGUUUUAUAUAAUGUUAAAUUGACAUUUUGGUUUGACAUAUUUAAAAAUAUCGAUAAGAUACGACAUGUUACCUGUCCAGUUCUAGUAAUACAUGGAACAAAUGAUGAAACUGUCGACUUCUAUCAUGGCAAGCGAUUAUGGGAACUUGCUAAAGAUAAAUAUGACCCACUAUGGGUAAAGGGGGGAGGACAUUGUAAUCUUGAAACUUAUCCAGAGUACAUAAAGCACUUGCGCAAGUUUAUAAAUGCAAUGGAGAAACUAUCAUUCACGAGGCGAAGCAAACGACAGAGUUCAGACCCAGGUUUAUCAGAAUCAAAGCACAACAGGUGCUUGACGUUUGGAAGAUGAUAUCUUUUCUUUCUUUUCUACAUUUGACUUUUAAGAGUGAUGCACAGAAUAGCUGGAUCUUGCUAUUUGCAUUUUCCUGGGUGAAAUAUGAUGCUUCUUGCUGCAUUGCCGCCCCUUUUUCUUCGCAAGCUGGUUCAGGUGAUGCUCUGAUUUGAUCCAAAUCCUCCUCAGUUAAAGCAGAUUUUGAACUAGAGAGCAACUGUGAUUAUCUUCAUGUUCUCUGUGGCAGUGUGUACGAUUCAUAGAAUGUUCUAGCUCAAUUCAUAGACUUCAUCUUCAUUUCAUGUAAAUUAAUAAAGUCUAGUAGCCCUAGUUUCCACUGUAAUGUACAUUGCUUUAUGAUAAAUCUUAUGAUUACAGUUUAGCCUUUAGGGAUCUUUGUGUCUUUCA